AUGGCAUCAGGAGGAUUAGCAGCACCUGCUGCAGCCCAACUUAUGUUCGAUGAUUUUGGCAAUCCAUUUAUCGUUGUGCGAGAUCAAGAAAAACAAAAACGACUUACUGGCAUUGAUGCACUCAAGAGUCAUAUCUUGGCAUCAAGAGCAAUUGCAAAUACUUUAAAAUCAUCGCUUGGUCCUCGUGGUCUUGAUAAAAUGCUUGUAUCUAGUGAUGGCGACGUUUCAAUUACAAAUGAUGGUGCUACAAUUAUGGAUAAAAUGGAUAUUCAACACCAGAUAGCAAAAUUAAUGGUUGAAUUAUCUAAAAGUCAAGAUGCCGAGAUUGGUGAUGGCACUACUGGAGUUGUUGUAUUGGCUGGUGCAUUAUUAGAGCAAGCAGAAGUAUUAUUGGAUAAAGGAAUUCAUCCGAUGAAAAUUGCUGAUGGAUUUGAUUUGGCUUGUAAAAAAGCACUUGAAAUAUUAGAUUUAAUAUCCGACACAUUUCCUAUAGAAAAUCGUGAUCUCCUUGUGCAGUCUGCUUUGACAUCGCUUGGUUCAAAAAUAGUGAAUCGUUGUAUGAAGGUGCUUGCUGAAAUUGCCGUGGAUGCCGUACUUUCAGUUGCUGAUUUAACAAAACGUGAUGUUGAUUUUGAAUUGAUCAAAAUUGAUGGUAAAGUUGGUGGGAGACUCGAGGAAACCUGUCUAAUUAAAGGCAUUGUCAUUGAUAAGACUAUGAGUCAUCCUCAAAUGCCAAAGGAAUUGCACAAUGUGAAGUUAGCAAUAUUGACUUGUCCAUUCGAGCCACCGAAACCAAAAACGAAAUAUAAACUGAAUAUCACAUCAAAGGAAGAUUUUGAAAAACUUCGUACUUAUGAAAGAGAAACAUUUGAAAAAAUGAUCAAAGAGGUUAAAGAUAGUGGUGCCACAUUGGCGAUAUGUCAGUGGGGGUUUGAUGAUGAAGCUAAUCAUUUAUUACAUGCUCAUAAUUUGCCUGCGGUUCGUUGGGUUGGUGGUCCAGAAAUUGAACUUAUCGCUAUUGCAACAAAUGGUCGUAUUGUGCCUAGGUUUAGCGAAUUAAAACCUGAAAAACUUGGUAGCGCUGGUUUGGACCGAAUGUUAUGUAUUGAACAAUGUCCAAAUAAUCGAGCUGUUACAAUAUUCAUUCGUGGUGGAAAUAAAAUGAUAAUUGAUGAAGCUAAACGUUCAAUAAAUGAUGCACUUUGUGUUACAAGGAACUUAAUAAAAGAUAACAGAAUUGUUUAUGGGGGUGGAGCUGCUGAAAUUUCGUGUUCUUUAGCUGUUGCGAAUGAAGCAGAUAAGAUUGAAGGUGUAGAACAGUACGCCUUUCGUGCUUUUGCUGAUGCAUUAGAAAGCAUUCCAAUCGCACUUGCUGAAAAUUCGGGUUUAUCGGCAAUUGAUAUAGUUACUGAUCUCAAGGCCAAGCAACUUCAGCAGAAUAAUCCACGCCUUGGUGUCGAUUGCCUAUCUGUUGGUACAAAUGAUAUGCGUGAACAGAAAGUAAUCGAGACUUUAAUUUCGAAAAAGGAACAAAUUUCGCUUGCAACUCAGGUAGUACGCAUGAUACUCAAAAUUGAUGACGUGCGUGUACCUCAGGAUGAGGCGUGA